UACUUCUCAUUUCUUUAGGAAUUCUUCGAAGCAUCACAGCUGCUCUACAAAUCUUUCAGAUACGUCUCUUUUCUUUAAUUUCUUUUCCGCUUCUGAACUUUUCUAUGCAGCAUAACAAACUGUUUAAACAUUUUUAAAAUGUUAAUUUUAAUCCAUUCAGGUAUUAAAUAGAAGUUUAGAUCCUCAGAGCUACGAUCAGCCUCAACCAUUAAUUGCCAAUCUUCCUCAAGUCCCUUUAUUGCCUCAACAGUUGCUUCCUUCUGGAUCUCGAAGGGAUUGCAUUCGAUUAAGAGGCCUUCCUUAUGAAGCUCAAGUUGAACAUAUUCUAGAAUUUUUAGGAGAAUAUGCUAAAAAUAUUGUCUUCCAAGGUGUUCACAUGGUGUACAAUGCCCAAGGUCAGCCUUCGGGUGAAGCUUUUAUUCAAAUGGACUCAGAGCAUUCUGCAUAUAUCGCUGCGCAACAGCGACAUCAUCGAUAUAUGGUGUUCGGAAAGAAACAGCGAUAUAUCGAAGUAUUUCAAUGUUCCGUUGACGAUAUGAAUCUGGUAUUAACCGGAGGCAUACCUGUACAAAGACCUUUAUUUGCAUCAGGUGGUCUAUUAACGUCUACGAGUGGAGCUGUACUUCCGUCUGCGUAUGGAACUUAUCCUUAUGUCCAAUCGGCUCAGGUGCUUCCGACUUUAGCACCUCUUACGCCACGUGUACCAACUUAUUAUACACCUAUCUUCUACUGGCCAUAUCCCAGUCCUCCAGUAUCGCCUACAACUUAUUAUCCGCACACUGGUCCGACCAUGGUAAUUCUACGCGGUCUACCAUACACUGCUACUGUGGUGGAAGUUCUCAACUUUUUCCAGGGUAUUGCUGAGCUGUCACCGGAAUGCAUUCAGUUGCAGAGGAACGGCGACGGUCGACCUAAUGGAGAAGCUUUGGUGACAUUCCCCAGUAGAGCCGACGCAGAACGUGCAAUCCAGGAAAAGAAUCGUCAUAACAUGGGAAAUCGCUACAUAGAAUUAUUUAUGGCAUAACUCGACCAAUAGGAUUCUUCCUGCCAAGACACGUGACGGCCAAGUCCGCCAAAAAUUCGCCAUGACAGGCUCUUUGUAAGAUUUUUAAUUUUUUUUUUUUUUUUUUUUUUUUUUUAAGUGUCGAUAUUUAAAAAAAAGAAAAAAAUGUUUAUCGUUUGCUUAUUUUCUAGCCUUUAUUCAUAAUUUAUUUAUAUAAUGCUUGCCACCUAGACUAUUUGUCUGGCGUGAAAAAUUUUUAAGUGCAUUCAAAGUGCCUUACAAUGUACAAUAUAUACAUAUAUAUACACUAAAUAUUUUUGUAUGUGUUUGUAUUAAAUCAUCGCCGACUGUAUGUCCGUCCAUGUAGUAGUGCCUUAGAGACGCGUUCUCAAAUUCUGCGCAGAUUCCGUCGAGUAUUUGUGUUCGAUUUAUAGAGCUCAUGUAAAAAGAUACAAAAGAAAAAAAAAAUCUAUAUUGAACAGUUUGAGAAAGUAGAAUGGCUUGCUACAAUGCCAUGUGUGGAUAUUUUUGUUGAUUAAAGUCUGCCAAAGAUAUGUAGGUGUACCAGCAUGAUUCGUCUCGUGUGUUCAAAAAAAAAAAAACAAACAAAAAAAAAAUAUUAGCAUUAGUCAGUUAUGUAAAGUUAACGCAUGCUCGGCGUAUAUAAUUACUAUAUUAUUAUAUUAAUUUUAUUAAUAUUUUAUUAAUAUUAUUGUUACUAUUUUAUGAUAUUCUUAAAUACAUUUAGAAUCCAUAUACAAAACCAGGUAUAACUGGUUCCAUAAUCCUAUAUUUUUGAAACGUGUAUAUUUAGCAUAAUUACUAAUAAAACAUCAAUGAUCUGCACUUUUUUUAAAAAAUAUUAAGUCGCUUUUUUUUCCGAUAUCCCUAGUCUUGUUUAAGUGAGUUGCUCUCACAAAAAAAAUAUUGUUAGUGUAGAGCUAGCGCAAUUGCUGUCUAUGUAUGGUCCAGUCGAACCCUAAGAAGUGUGAUGAUAAAUUUUAAUGUUAGGUCCAUUUGUGUGUGGCCGAGAAAUUCCAUUUCUUCAACUGGUUCCCAUAUAUUUUUACAACAGCAUUUACGUUCUCUCUACUCGUUAGAUAUUGCAUUGAUGCAAAAUUGUGUAUCUUUUCUGAUAAAAAAAAAAUUGUUAUUGUUCCGUAUCGUAUAUGUUUUAUACGUCAAAAAAAAAAUGUACAUGUUCGUUAUUAAUUUUGAGAUAUUCCAAUGUCAAUAUUUGUGAUCCAAUCAAAAUACGUUGGAAAAUUUCGGAGAGUGACGGCCAAGCGCAGAACAUCUCUUUUGAGAGGAUGCAAUACUUUCUGUGGCUUGUUAAAUCGGCCUAUGCAAUAUGAUGUGUAUAUUUUUAAUAUUUUUUAUGUCUGCUUGAUUUACUUGAUUGAGAAAUAAAAUUUUCAUUGUAUUGCAAA